AUACCCCUAGAGUAAAGCGAAGGCGCAUACAACUUUCGAAGACGGACUAUCGCCGGGGAUAUCAAAAAGGUUUCAAUUUUGGCUCAUACUGUUUUGAUGAUACGCAAUUUUAGUAUACAUCGCUCGAGGACAAGCCUACUUAUUUCGAGAUACUUAUUCCCUGGGCGACAUGCUAACUAGAGUAUAACAUGACACAGUCUCGGGAAUUAGGGUCGUAUAAGGGUCAAAACAAGGGAACUCUGUAAAGAGGCAACCGAAGGACCUGUUGUGGAGGAAAGGUGAGCGAAGUUAUCGAUAAGAGAUUUUCUCCAUACUUCUAGUCCUUUCGUUAAAAGAAGAUGAACAGACGCAAGUACAAACUAGAGACUGUUGAAGAGAGCAUUGCCCGUGGGCCGAAGGAAGUGAAAGAGGAAUAUGCUCUCAAACAGUUCAAAGAAAACAUCCAAGAUAUCAUCAAAAACGAUCACGAUGAUUUCUACCUCCGGCGGUGGCUGAAAGCUAGGAACUAUGACGUCAAGAAGACAACGGAAAUGUACAGAGCGAGUAUGACAUUCAAGGAGAAGAUGGGAACUGACAAAAUAUUAGACAGUUUUGUCUUACCAGAGGUUCUCAAGUUGUACCUGCCCGGGGGCCUUUGCGGUCACGACAAGGACGGAGCCCCGCUAAAGAUAGAGCCAUAUGGCAACUUGGACAUGAGGGGCAUCAUGUACUCCGCCAAAAAGGCGGAUUUGGAGAGGUCGAGGGUCCAUAUGUGUGAGACCAUAGAGAAGGACUGUAAGGAUCAGAGCAAAAAGCUUGGGAAGAAGGUGAAUGGGAUGACAGUUGUCUUUGAUAUGGAAGGGGUGGCCGCGAAAACACAUAUAUGGAGACCAGGGAUUGUUCUGUAUCUCCAUCUGGUGAGCAUCCUUGAAGACAAUUAUCCUGAAAUGAUGAAACGAUUGUUAGUCAUAAAUGCUCCGGCCAUCUUUCCUAUCUUGUAUCGACUGGUGCGACCGUUAAUCACAGAGGAGAUGAAGCAGAAGAUCCACGUGAUAGGGGGGAACUACCGAGAAACGUUAUUGAAGUAUAUUGAUGCAUCUGAGCUCCCUGCUCACUAUGGAGGGACGAAAGUGGAUGUGAACGGUGACCCUAAGUGUUCAGCUCUAGUCUGUCAAGGAGGUAAGGUACCCGAGUCCUUUUACCUGCGGGACCUCACAGACAGGAACGACAUGGAAAGUGCUAGUGUGGUCAGGGGAGAUAAGUUCACUUUAGAUUUCAACGUCGAGAAACCAGGAAGCUAUCUCAGGUGGGAAUUCAAGACAGAGGGUUACGAUAUCGGUUUUGGUGUGUUCUAUAAAGAUGGCGACAACCUGAAGGAGGUUCUUCCAGUGGAGAGGGUUAAUAGCCACAUGAUUCCGCAUGAUGGCAACGUGGUGUGUCAGAAACAAGGAACUUAUGUGGUAGUGUUCGACAACAGUUUUAGCUGGACCAGAGGGAAGAAGAUAUUUUACACCAUCGAGAUCGUCGGCGAGGACGAGAAACUCGACUCGGAGUUAGAAGAAAUAUCAGCAGGGCUGUGGCAAACCGUAGUCUCAACUUGAUGACGUGCUCAUCCUACAAUGAUGACUCGAUCCUCUCAAACUGAUGACGCGAUCAUCACAUACCGAUGAUGUAGCUCACAUAAAUCCGGUGGCAUGUUGAUUUCACAACACUGUACAGUUAUUUCUACAGAAAUACGUUAUCGCAGGUCACAGCUCAGGCUUAUGACUUGCUCCAAGAUACGAUUUCAAAGUAUUUGUUUAUUUGUGCUAACUUUGACAGAGGGAGAUUUCAGUUGGAGUAUGAAACUAACUUUCAUAAAACUGAAUCAGCUCUUUACCUUUAAUCACUAACUACGUGACAGGCCAUGGUUAAAAUAGGGUUCAAUGUGUUGUUAACGUUAAAUGUAUUUUGGAGCAGAUGUGACAAAUUUAAGUUGUCAGACGGAGGCUACACUCCUAAACAAACCAGCUGUCUGGCACGGGCACAAGCCUAUACACCUUUCCAGAAAUGGGGCGCUGAGUGUCCGAAAUAGUGAUGUCAUAAGGGGAAACUAGGCCUUAUGGUGGAGGGACAAAGGAGAUAGUCAUGGUUGACCAACACACUUGAAUGCCUUUAAUGACGGACAAGGGGGAAAAAGUUAGUUCCAAUGCAAGCCACCAAUUUCGGGAAGCAUGUAUACUAAUCGUACCAUAAGGCUCAGAGUCUUAUUUUCAAACUGCUUCAAAACUUGUCGUAAAAUCUUAACUGUCAUUAAUUACACUGUAUUGUCGUUAAAUGUACAUGUACAUAUAAUUCUCCGACAGAAAUGCGAAUGGCGGUCAAACUUGUUUAAAUUUAUAUACUUUAGACAGAUAAUAAGCUUCAAGAAGAAACUAAUCGAUCAUUCAUGAUAGAAACUAAUCCAUCAUUUGGGGUUUGCAAAUGUAAUUGGUUAUAAUAUCGCGUACAUAAUAAAGUAUAAUGUCAUA